AUGAGUGAACUUAAAGCAGGAGCAAAAUCAAAUAAUCUGCUCACCAAGCCAUCUUAGUAUUUGGUAGCUGCCAAGUCUCAAGAAGAUGGGAUGACUAGUUUUAAGUCAGAGGAGAUCAGCAGUGAAUAUAUGCUAAGCUCCAAGUUAGAUGAUUCUCAUAUUCAGCUUUUUAACCCAGAUGGGGAACAACCAAUAUAAAAUUAAUAGCGAGCAUAAUUCAACUUAUCUGCUAUGAAUCCUGAAACAAUAAGAAAUAAGUUUGGAAUGCUAAAGGUCAAUAAAAAAAUUGGAAUAUUAGUGAACUAGGUUGUAGGUAAAAUGGGUGGUGGUCUUGGAGGGAUUCAGACUAUUCCCUUUAAUCACUAGCAAGAAGGUACAAUUCCAAUACCUUCAGCUGAUAGAAAGUAUUUAUUUAAAGGAUCUGGAGCUGGAGCUCAAACUCCAAAUUAAUAACUAAACAGAGUAAAUAGCAAGUAAUCAGAUUUCGACUCUUCGGCUUAAGCAGCCUAAAGCUAAACAAGACUACAACCCCGUCCACUUCUAUAUAGAAGAGACUCUCACACAAAAAGUCCUUUGCCAAAGUAAAAUAGUUUUCGAAAUAAAGGGGGAUCUCAAAAAAAUUAAUAAAUUCUUCUCUCUCCUUAAUAGUAAUAAGAAGAUGAUAAAAAAAUCCCCCUCCGACUUAGGAAGGUAAAUUUGGAGGGCAUAUAUAGUACAGCCUAAAGAAAAGAGGAUGAGGAUAAAAUCCGGCAAUUUUUCGAAAUCAACCCAAAAAUGUUGAAAUUUGCAGACGGAAUGAAACUUAUAAACAGAUUUGUCUACGAUUCGAACAGUAUUUACUAACAAUAAAAGCUGUCAAAAUUAAAUUAAAACAGCAAAUUACAAAAUGUCCUUGACAUCUCCUAUAGAUAGACUAAUAAACUUAAUGAAAUGCUCAAAUUAUUUUCCCCGAUGAACUCCUUUCAUAAUAGAAGCAGGUAUGGAUCUCAACCAGCUUCUGUACAAUAUUAUUAAGAUGAAACUGAAGAUCCCCCUUAAUAUGAAUAGAGCCCUAUUGAUUAAUCAUUAUUGACUUUAGACAUUAGAGAAUCAAGUAAUUCACCUUCAGCAAAGAAAAAGCUCUUGGCUAAAUUCAUCUAUUCUGAAAAGAAGCAGACCUUUCAUUUAAGCAAGGCCUUAGCAGAAGAACGGGAGAAGGCAAGAAUACAGAGUGCUCUUUUGAAAUAAAGAAGAAAAAGUGCUAUUAAAAGACUCAAUGAAGCUAGAGGUAUGAUGCUUUCAAACGAGGGACUCAAGUAAAGAGUUGAAUAUUCUACUUAGGUAGAUGAAGUGAUAUCAAAUUUAAAGCAACUACAAGAGUCAAGAGACACAAAUCUUAAAAGCCUAGAGGAUUAUAAUCAAAGUCCAGGAGAUGCAUCGCAAAUGUCCCGGCAGAAUACAAUUAACAAAUCAUAUCCUAAUAAAAAUGUCUUUGACCUUAAGGUGUUUAGAGAAAAUUUAAGCUAUUAUGAUGAAUUCAUCAACAAUGCAAAGCUCAAUCAGGAACGGGGAAUUAGAAAUAGGUUUCCUCUAUAUGAGCCUGCAUAAACUACCUAAAAUACGUUUAGACAUAAGAUGGUAGUCUCUGUACCAUCAAGUCCACAAUCAGCUGCAGUUACCAAUAGACUUAUGGAAUCUUUCAAUUAAAUGAAAGAAGGAAGAGAUAAAUCCCAAUUUGAAAAAGAAGCUAAUACUACAGCUGCGAGGACAACUUACUUCAAGUUUGGAAGUACUGCUCGGGAAUCUCAUACCCAUGGUCCAAAGAGCAAUAUUUUUAGUAACAACUUUGGUAGAUUUUCAGUUCAGUCUAAUAGAGAUGCAAUUAAUUAUAACCUUUUGUACAGUUCGAAACCAAAAAAAUUAGAAGUUACUAAUAUGUCACAAACUGGAAGCAAAUUUAGACUUAAAAAACUUUAAGAUUACAAAAGAUUUUCUGAUUAGGGCCCUCUCAGUGAUAAGGACUCUGAUAUUCCCUCAAUGAUGCAAGAUUGA